CGUCCAGGGAAAAUGCACUAACUGCUUGAAUGUCAAAAGCAGACAGUGAAACUUCUGGAGAAGACAGCUGGUGAGAGGUUGAGCCUGACAUUUCCCAGGAACAGAGUGAGCUGGCCCAGGAGUAACAGCACACAGGAUAGGGCCCUGAGCAAAGCUUCGUUGGCAUCAUGCUUGGCUUAAAGAGGAUUGGGUGGGGCUGCCUCCCAAAGGACACUGUUAUCCACAAAAGAGAGAAAGCUGGACACACAUACCAAAAAGAAGACUUGAUGAUUGGUGUGCCUAACGAAGCCACAGUUCUUGGGACCAUCCAGAUACUAUGUGCCCUGAUGAUUGGAAGCCUGGGGGGCAUUUUGGUGGCAGCUUCCUACUCUGCCUACUUCACCCCAGAAGUCUCCACCACUUUGAUGUCUGGGUAUCCAUUUGUUGGAUCCCUGUGUUUUGCCAUUGCUGGAUUUAUCUCGAUUAUCUCUGGGAAAAUCUCAACCAAACCUUUUGCACUGAGCAGCCUGGUCUCCAAUGCAGCAAGCUCUGCUGUUGCUGGAAUCGGCCUCUUCCUCCUCACCCAUAGCCUGAUAGCCCUCCGGAGUGCCUUUCCACACUGUAAUUCCGAAAAGGAAUUCCUGUCCUUGCUGACUCAUUUGGAAUCCCACCUGUGGAUGAAUGAAGGCAACUGUCACCUGGAUGAUGUCAGUGCUAUAAGUGCUCUGUCCGUGAUGCUCAUCUUCACUGCGCUGGAGCUUUCGUUAGCUGCAUACAGUUCUGGCUUUUGGUGGAAGCAAGUCUACUCCAACAAGCCUGGGGGUACAUUUUUCUUGCCUCAGUCACAAGAUCAGACCCAACCUGUUAAAAGCAGUUUGUUGCAGUCAUGGAUAUGAAAUACAGAAGAAGAAGGAAGAAAUCCAGUGUUCAUGCAGAACACAGGGACUUUCCUGAAAUCUCAG